AACUUUGCUUCACCAUACUCUAACUCAUGGCUCCCGUACUCUAGAUUAUUUUGCAGCAAAUCUGUAAAUUAUAGGUAUACUUUUUCAAGACAGAGUUCAUCUUUGUAGCUCUCUUAUAUUGGAACAAAACCUGCUCUAAUUGACUUUGCUUUAGAAGAUGGUUAGUCUUUUGGGAUAGAGGAGUUGAUAAUUAAGUUUUGUUUUGUUUUUGAUACACAGGGGUCCAGAUCUUACAUAAAAUGGAUGUUUCUCACACUAGAUACUGAAUAUUAAGUAGAAAAUCUGUUUAGUAAAAUCUGAGCUGCCAUGGAGGAAAUACCAGUAAAAGUUGCUGUAAGAAUUAGACCUCUGCUGUGCAAAGAAGUUCUUCAUAAUCAUCAAGCUUGUGUGAGAGCUAUUCCAAACACCCAACAAAUUAUCAUUGGGAGAGAUAGAAUCUUUACUUUCGAUUUUGUUUUUGGCAAAAAUUCCACUCAAGACGAAGUUUAUAAUACCUGUAUAAAGCCACUAGUGUUGUCACUCAUUGAGGGCUAUAAUGCAACAGUUUUUGCCUAUGGACAAACUGGAUCUGGGAAGACAUACACCAUUGGAGGAGGCCAUGUUGCUUCAGUUGUGGAGGGUCAAAAGGGUAUCAUUCCUCGUGCUAUCCAAGAAAUAUUUCAAAACAUCUCUGAAAAUCCUAGCAUUGACUUUAAUGUGAAAGUGUCUUAUAUAGAAGUAUACAAGGAAGACCUAAGAGAUCUUCUAGAAUUGGAAACAUCUGUGAAGGAUCUUCACAUCCGAGAAGAUGAAAAGGGAAACACAGUGAUUGUUGGGGCCAAGGAAUGCCAGGCGGAGAGUGCAGAUGAAGUGCUGAGUCUCCUGGAGGUGGGAAAUGCAGCCAGGCAUACGGGUACCACCCAAAUGAACGAGCACUCCAGUAGAUCACAUGCAAUUUUCACAAUCAGUGUUUGUCAAGUGAAGAAAAAUAUAGAGGCAGCCGAAGAUGGAUCGUGGUAUUCCCGUAGACAUAUUGUCUCAAAGUUCCAUUUUGUGGAUUUGGCUGGGUCAGAAAGAGUAACCAAAACAGGGAAUACUGGCGAACGGUUCAAAGAAUCCAUUCAAAUCAACAGUGGGUUGCUGGCUUUAGGAAAUGUAAUAAGCGCUCUUGGGGACCCACGCAGGAAGAGUUCUCAUAUUCCAUAUAGGGACGCUAAAAUUACCCGGCUUCUGAAAGAUUCCCUGGGAGGCAGUGCCAAGACUCUCAUGAUCACUUGUGUCAGCCCAUCGUCCUCGGAUUUCGAUGAGUCCUUAAAUUCUCUCAAAUACGCCAACAGAGCACGCAACAUUAGAAACAAACCCACCUUGAACUUCAGCCCCGAGUCAGACCGUAUGGACGAAAUGGAAUUUGAGAUUAAGUUGCUUCGAGAAGCUUUGCAAAGCCAGCAGUCUGUUAGCAGCCAGACUAGCCAGACCCACCAAGAGGAGACUCCUGAUGAAAAUAAGAUCCAUUCUCUUGAGGAGCAAGUAGCUCAGCUGCAAGGAGAAUGUCUGGGUUACCAAAACUGUAUAGAGGAAGCCUUUACCUUCCUGGUGGACCUGAAAGAUGCCGUGAAACUGAACCAGAAGCAGCAACACAGACUGCAGGAGUGGUUUAACACGACCCAGGAGAUCAGGAAGGCGAUUCUCACCUCAUUCAGAGGGAGCCAAGGCGUAGGAAACCUGGAGGAAGGACCGCAGCAUAUUACAGUUCUCCAGCUGAAGCGAGAGCUUAAGAAAUGCCAGUGUGCUCUUGCAGCUGAUGAAGUAGUAUUUAAUCAGAAGGACCUGGAGGUGAAGGAACUAAAGAAUCAAGUGCAAAUGAUGGUGCAGGAAAACAAAGGACAUGUUGUAUCUUUGAAAGAAGCGCAAAAAGUGAACAGGUUGCAGAAUGAAAAAAUAAUAGAACAACAACUUCUUGUGGAUCAACUGAAUGAAGAACUAACAAAACUUAACCUGUCAAUGACUUCUCCUGCUAAGGAAACUUGUGGAGAUGGGCCAGAUGCCAGGAUCCUUGAAAAGAGACCAUAUACUGUACCAUUUGAUACUCAUUUGGGGCAUUAUAUUUAUAUCCCAGCAAGAUCAGAUUCCAGGAAGGUCCACACAAGUCCUUCUGUAUACUCUCUGGAUCGACUAGUUGCCGGAUUUCGAACACGAAGUCAGAUGCUGCUGGGUCACAUAGAAGAACAAGAUGAAGUCCUCCACUGCCAGUUUUCUGAUAACAGUGAUGAUGAAGAAUCAAAAAGUCAAGAGAAAUCUGAAAUUAGACAUGGAAGUCACUCCCAUUGGAUUCAAAAGCCAGGCUCUGUUUGUUCUCUUGUUGAAUUGAAUGAUAUGCAUGAUCAAACACAAAAGUCAAGAUUGGAGAAUGAAGAUUUAAAAAUUGAAUGUCUCCAGGAGAGUCAAGAGUUGAAUUUGCAAAAAUUAAAGAAUUCAGAACUCAUACUUACUGAAGCUAAACAAAAAAUGAGAGAACUUACAAUUAACAUCAAGAUGAAGGAAGAUCUGAUUAAAGAAUUAAUUAAAACAGGUAAUGAUGCCAAGUCUGUAAGCAAACAGUAUUCUCUGAAAGUAACAAAACUUGAGCAAGAAGCAGAACAAGCAAAAGUGGAAUUAACUGAAACAGAAAAGCAGCUACAGGAACUGGAAAACAGAGAUCUUUCUGAUAUUGCUUUGAAGGUAAAAUUACAGAAGGAGUUUCGUAAAAAGAUGGAUGCCGCAAAGCUGAAAGUCCAGGUCCUACAGAAGAAGCAACAAAAUAGUAAGAAAUUGGCAUCGCUUUCGAUCCAAAAUGAGAAACGUGCUAAUGAACUAGAGCAGAAUGUAGAUCACAUGAAAUAUCAAAAGGUACAGCUGCAAAAAAGACUUCGAGAAGAAAACGAAAAAAGGAAACAACUGGAUGCAGAAAUUAAGCGGGAUCAACAAAAAAUCAAAGAACUACAGUUAAAAACAGAACAGAAAGAAGGUCUAAAACUGAAAGCUGAGGACCUUGAUGCAUUUAAGAUGAGGAGAAAAGGCCCAUUUGGAAGUUUAGACCAACUUCAGAAACUGGAUAAGCAAAAGAAAUGGUUAGAUGAAGAAGUAGAGAAAGUUCUGAACCAACGCCAAGAAUUAGAGAUGCUGGAAGAAGACUUAAAGAAACGGGAGGCCAUAGUUUCUAAGAAGGAGGCCCUGUUACAGGAGAAGAGUCACCUGGAAAAUAAGAAGUUGCGAUCUAGUCAGGCUUUAAACACAGACAGUUUGAAAAUAGCAACUCGCCUGAACUUGUUGGACCAAGAGUUGUCUGAAAAGAAUGUACAGCUCCAGAGCAGCACAGCUGAGGAGAAAAUAAAGAUUUCAGAACAAGUUCAAGCCCUCCAGAAAGAAAAGGAUCAGCUGCAGAGACGAAGAGACAGCGUGGAUGAGAAACUUAAAAAUGGUAGCGUGUUAUCACCGGAAGAAGAACAUGUCCUUUUUCAACUCGAAGAAGGGAUUGAAGCUUUGGAAGCUGCAAUUGAAUACAAGAACGAAGGUAUCCAGAGUCGCCAGAAGUCACUCAGAGCUUCAUUCCAAAACCUCUCUCACAGUGAAGCAAAUGUCUUGGAAAAGCUAAUUUGCCUGAAUCCAGUUGAGAUUAGAGCUAUUCUUCUCAGAUAUUUCAAUAAGGUGGUUAAUUUGCGAGAAGCUGAACGGAAACUGCAGUUACAGAAUGAAGAAAUUAAAAUGAAAGUUCUGGAACGGGAUAAUACAGUUCGUGAGUUGGAAUCUGCACUGGAACAUCUGAAAUUGCAGUGUGACCGGAGACUGACGCUCCAGCAAAAGGAACAUGAGCAAAAAAUGCAGCUGCUCUUACAUCAUUUCAAAGAGCAAGAUGGGGAAGGCAUUGUGGAAACUUUAAAAAAUUAUGAAGAUAAAAUCCAGCAGCUGGAAAGAGAUCUUUAUUUCUAUAAGAAAACCAGCAGAGAUCUUAAGAAGAAACUUAAGGAACUGUUAGGGGAAGCAAUUCGGCGGCAACUAGCACCAUCAGAAAGAAUUAUUCUUGACAGAAGUAUUUUAAAAGAAGAAACCUUUACAAUGGCCUCAGCAGUACUUAGUUCUGUUCCCACCACUGCUUCUCGUUUCGCCUUGUUGCAAGUGGACAGUGGCAGUGGUUCUGAUUCUGAGCCUGGAAAAAGCAAAGGUCGGAAUCCUGGAAAGUCUCAUACUAAUAAAUCAACUACAAAUGAGAAGAAGAGAGAGAAAAGAAGAAAAAAGAAGGAACAGCAACAGAGUGAAGCAAAUGAGCUCAGGAAUCUUGCUUUUAAGAAAAUUCCCCAGAAAUCCUCCCAUGCUGUGUGUAAUGCUCAACAUGAGCUUUUAUUACCAAACCCAGUACAGAAAGAUUCACGAGAAGAAAAUUGGCAAGAAUGGAGACAAAAAGAUGAACAGCUGACAUCUGAAAUGUUUGAAGCAGAUCUUGAGAAGGCAUUGUUGCUAAGCAAAUUAGAAUAUGAAGAACACAAAAAGGAAUAUGAAAAUGCUGAAAAUACUUCAACUCAGUCAAAGGUUAUAAAUAAGAAAGAUAAAAGAAAGACCCAUCAGGGAAAAGACAAACCUCUUACAGUAUCACUAAAAGAGUUUCAAUCUGAAGAUCACAAUAGUAAAAAGACUGAGGAAUUGAGUUCUUCUCAGACUUUAUCACAUGAUGGAGGAUUCUUCAAUAGACUGGAAGAUGAUGUUCAUAAAAUUCUUAUUAGAGAAAAAAGAAGAGAACAGCUUACAGAAUAUAAUGGAACAGAUAAUUGCACAGCUCAUGAGCACAACCAGGACGUAGUUUUAAAAGAUGGAAGAAUUGAAAGACUAAAGUUGGAACUUGAAAGGAAAGAUGCUGAGAUCCAGAAGCUGAAAAAUGUGAUUACUCAGUGGGAGGCAAAGUAUAAAGAAGUAAAGGCAAGAAAUGCACAGUUACUGAAAAUGCUUCAGGAAGGUGAAAUGAAAGAUAAAGCAGAAAUUCUUCUGCAAGUUGAUGAAUCACAAAGUAUCAAGAAUGAGCUAACUGUACAGGUGACUUCCCUUCAUGCUGCAUUAGAACAAGAAAGAUCUAAAGUGAAAGUAUUACAAGCAGAAUUAGCCAAAUAUCAGGGUGGCAGAAAAGGGAAAAGAAACUCUGAAUCCGACCAGUGUAGGUGAUUCCAUUAGCCUUUGAGGUCAACACAAAAAUUAAAACUUUCAGGGUUUUGCAAAAAUGUGUAUAUUUAAUGCUGUACAAUUGCUAAACUAUGCAGUUUUUGUUGAAGAAACCUAAAUGAUUAGCUCACUAACAGUCUAUAAUUUUUGGCUUAAAGUGAAAAGAAGAGAAAUAGAAUUCCAGCAGAACUCAGUGAUUAUUAUUACUAUUCAUACUUCUUAUCACUUUAGUUUUUCAUCAGUCAAUAAAAUUAAUUUACUCUUCCAUUAAUAUGUUUGACUUUUUAAAUUUCAGAAACAAUGUGAAAGUAUUUUUGCAUAUAGCACAAUUAAUGGAUUUAAGCUUAGUGAAUAUUUACUCAGCACUUUCUGCAUGUGAAACCCUACAAACACAGAAGAUAUCCUCAGAUUGCUUAUGCUCAGGGGAAGUAGAAGGUGGGGCAUAGGUAAUGACAACAGCAAAAAUAAUUACUAUACAUAUAAGAGUGUGAUAUCACAUUGUUUGGAAAUUGAAAAAACUUGCAUGAGACAGUUUUCGUAAGGUGGAUGCCUUUUUUGUAAAUUUUUCGAGAGGCAUUCCAGGCAGAAUGAACAAAAUCUAGGCUGAAGUAUUUGUUUAAAGAACAGUCUGGUUAGAGGACAGAAAUUAGACACACAGAAUAGGAAGAGCAGUGAUGUGAGGGAGGAAUGAAUGAGAUAUUUUUCACUGGUGUAAUCAAUUACUGGAAUAGUCAGCAUUUAUGGGAUUUUUUUUAGUGUAGUCAAUGAAAUACAAAUAUGAUUCAUUAAAAUACAGAGGAUUUUGUUUGUUUGUUUUAUGACAAAGAUAAAGGUCUUGCCCCCAAAACAAGCAUUAACUGAAAGACUCCACUUCAUGAGUCUUUAAGAAAAAAUGUCAGCAUUGCCUAUAUGUUUGGCUUCUUCCAUGAAGUUACAUGAACUUAGCAAAGAAUUGUGACUUACACAUAACACUUAGUUCUCUCUGGCACAGAGUAGAUGUUAAAGAAUUAUUUGUUUAAUUGAUAAAGUGGUAAAGCCUCUUUAGGUAGUUUUUCCCUAAUUUUACCUUUGAUUAAGAAUAGGUACCAUCAAAACCUAAUUAUUUCAUUCAAUAUAUUUGGUAAUGCAUGAUACCAUAUUUUUCAACCCAGUGAUGAGCAAGAUCAAAUUUGUAAUACUGUCUUAUAUGAACAAGCUAAAUAGAACUUGAAUAGUUUCAAUUAUAAUUCAGUUAUCCAAGCAGUUAAUGAACUGAAUUACCAACGCUCAGUAUAUUAUCACUUAUCUUUGAUUAUCUACCAGUACACUAUCCAUUUUGUACAUUAUCUAACAUCUAGCACAGUGCUUGGUACAUGGUAGACACUCAAUAGAUAUGCCAUUUUCUAUUAGUGUGUAUAUUGGCUUAAAAUCACCUGGGCACGUAGAAAACUUCAUUGAUUUUCCUCUUUUACAUUGGGUAUUCUCUGGAGUACUGCACUCAUAACUUUGUUUCCCCCCUGAAUUCUUUUCCCUUGAUUGAUGUAGCCACUACUGUGGAUUAAUCUGUCACUGCUAGACCAUUCUCUCAGUUUCAACAGGGAAAGUUUUAUUUAGUUAGAGAUAGAAAAGACAAUCUGGGGGGGAGGGCAUAGCUCAGUGGUAGAGCACGUGCUUAUCUUGCACGAGGUCCUGGGUCCAAUCCUAGUACCUCCAUUAAAACAAAUAAUUAAAUAACCUAAUUACUUCCCCCCUCAAAAAAAAAUUAAAAAAAAAAGACAAUCAGUGACCAGCUGGUGAUUCUUCUGUUAGAUUGAUUUAUCAGGCAUUCCUUUUUAAUAAAUAUCAUUACUCAGAUUCUUUUCUGAAUGUUCAGUGAAAUUAUCAAUAGCUUAUUAUGUGCUGGGCAUUGUGCUAAGUUCUAGAGAUGCAAAUAUGACCAAAAUUGGAAGAAAACAGAAAUGUAAAGAACUAUUCAUAAAAUAUUCCAAUAAAUAAUAAUAUUGAUAUACUCAGAUUGCUAUUGGAGUACAGAAGAAAAUGCAUCUUACUAUUUCAAAGAGGUAACUUAGACAAUUUGUUUUAAUUACUUCAAACUCCAUUAGUAAUAUAUUACUUAAAAAGUGAUUAUGGCAACAUAGCAAGUUAUUUAAAUGGAUCAAAUAUUUUAGACAUCUUCUAUGGGAUUUUUGACAUUUUCUGUGGUGUGUUAGUAAAGCUAGAGGAACCAGAGCUAUGUUCAGGUCCUAGUUUUAUUACCUUGGCUCAAAAUAAAUAAUUAGUAAAUGAUUGAACAGCAUGAAAUUGGGUAUCAAAUGAGAAUAGCUAGUGAAAAUAUUGGGUAGAAAGCUAUGUAAGAUGCCGUUUCUACUUUCAAAUUAUUUUCAGUCUAAUAUGAAUAAUAAAAGAGCACAGUACAUAAAUAACUGAAAUUCAAGGCAGAAUACAGUGGAUUCCAUAACAAUUUUAUGGAAGAGAGUAUAUUUGUUCAGGAAAGUCAAGUGUUACUUAUUGAAAAAAGUAACAUUUUAAAUUGGUUCUUAAAGAAUAGGCAGCUUUUCCACAAAGUUUUAAGGGGUGGAGGUUAUUUAACAAAAAAGAAAAAUAAAAAAAGAGGGAAGAAGGAAAAGCAGUGUGUUCAGGAUACAGAAAGAUAGCAAGGAGUGAAACUGAGUGCCUUCAUUUUGCCUGGAGCGUAGGCAGUAAUGAGGUAAACAGAAAGGUUGUUUGGGGAUAGUUGUUCUUCAUCUUAAGUUUCAGAUUAAGUAGUCUAUACAUAAUUUGGUAAGCAUGGGAGAACCAUUAAGAGUUUAUGGACGAAGCGAUGCAAUCAAAGUUGUCCUUUAAGAAGACUGAAAUGACAGUGAUAUAAUAGGAAAUUACAGAAGAAUCAAUUUGGAAAUAUCAAGGAAGCUUUUAUAAUAGUAGAAACAGGAGAUAAAGAGGAUCUGAACUAGGGAGGUAGCAGUGGGACUCAGAAAAUGAAAUAAAAAACAUUCCCAGGGUGGAAUCUAGCAAACGUGUACAAAAGAACAAGGACAUCAGAGGUGAAAACAAGAUCUCAAGCCUAAAUGAGAGUGAGAAUGAGAGGGCCACUAGUAGGGUGCACUGAUGGAGGACUUAACGUCGGGGAAAGGGACAGAAAUGACUUUUUAAUAAAAUUAAUUAUUUAAAUUGAAGUACAGUCGGUUACAAUGUGUCGAUUUCUGGUGUACAGCAAAUGUCCCAGUCAUGCAUAUACAUACGUACAUUUGUUUUCAUAUUCUUUUGAAAAGACUUUUGACUUGUUAAAUUGGAUUUGCCUACAGAGCAUCUGAAGGUAGAGAAUCCAAGAAGUUGGAGAUAUAGAUCUAUUCCUUUGAGGAAAGACUGAAGUUAACAGAUUUGGGAUCCGUCUACAAUAAAGUUGUAUAAAUAGUUGACAAACCCAAAGGAAAAGGUUUUUGAAGAGAAAUAUUGCUGAGUACAGACUUUGGGAAUGGUAGGAAACAGAGCGGUGAGAAAGGUGGGAGGCAUGGUUAUGAGUAUUGCAGAGCGGUCUUAGGUUAUGAGCCUGAGGAAAGACUACUGGAUUUAACAGCUAAAGGACAUGUUAAUCACCUUCAAAAAUAGCUUUUGCAAGGGCACAGAGCAAGGCACUGAGGAGAAAGUUAUACUCCUUAAGCUUUUGUUAGUUAUAAGGGGCCCCCAAGGUGCCUUAAAGGGGCUACAGGGUUGAGUGAAUUUGGUUUGUUUACAUUCAGGACUGAGUAGACUUUUACUAUGUUCAUAAACAAAAAGGAGCCAAUAAAGG